CUGCCAUUCCCCGGCGCCUGGACCUUCGGCAAGGCGUUCCUCCUGAUCCUCUACUUCAGCACGCUGCUUUUCGCCGCGCUGUACCGUGAUAGUGUCUUCAACAAUUCGAUCCGAGAGGGCGCGAUCGUUGCUUCGCAGCUGCCAUGGGUGUACAUGCUGGCAAGCAAAAAUAACAUUAUAGGAACGAUGACGGGGCGCGGCUACGAAAAGCUGAACUACAUUCAUCGCAUGGCCGGACGACUGACUGUCCUGGCUGCCAACGUUCAUGCCUUGGGUUUCAUCUACAAGUGGGUCAUAGCAGGCACGUGGACGCAGGAGACGCAGAAGCAGCUCGUGCGCUGGGGUCUCGUCACGCUGGUCACGUACGAUCUCCUGUUCCUCACCUCCAUGAGCUUCAUCCGGAAGAACUACUACAACUUCUUCUACGCCACGCACUCCAUCAUGACCAUCAUGGCCCUCGUCUCCAUCUCGAUCCACGCGCCGUUCGCCGUCCCGUACGUGAGCAUCGCCGCGGGCUUCUGGGGCGUCGACCACGUGCUGCGGCUCGCGAAGACGCGCGUGCCCGAGGCGCAGCUCGAGGCGGUGCCCGAGCUGCACACGACGCUCGUGCGCGUGCCGACGCUCAACGCGGGCUGGCGCGCGGGCCAGUUCGUGCGCGUCCGCGUGCUCUCGCGCGGCAUGGGCUGGACGGCCUGGGCCGAGCCGCACGCGUUCACGAUCGCGAGCGCGGGCGAGUACGCGGGCGGGGACGGGCUCGUGCUCAUGGUCAAGCGCCACGGGCGCUGGUCGCGCGCGCUGUACGACCUCGCUGCGGAGGGGCAGGGUGCGGAGAAUGAGAAGGGCCUCCGGCGCGUCAGGGUUCAGAUCGAGGGGCCGUACGGCGGCCCGGGAAACACGGUCUUCUCCAGCUUCUCCGGCGCGUUCUUCGUCUGCGGCGGGAGUGGCAUCUCGUUCGGGCUCGCUGCGGUGCAGGAGCUUCUGCAACGCAUCUCGCAGGGGACGUCGAACGUCUGCACGAUCGACCUCGUUUGGUGCAUCACGCACGCGCGCGCCGUGAACCCGCUCCUGUCGCCCUUCUCCUCUCUCCUCACGCAGUCGCACGCGCUUCCUGUCGAGCUCACGAUCCAGGUGUACUACACGCGCGCCUUGAACAAGGGCGAGCACGAAAAGUACCCGGCCCUGGACGCGCUCCCGCGCGGGCUGGCGCUCGCGGCCGGGCGCGCCGCCACGGCGCACCUCCUCUCCGAGUUCGUCGUCCGCACCGCGACCGCGCUCGGCCAGGACGCGGGCGGCGCUGAGGGUUGGGGACGCGCGCAUGGCGUGCUCGUGGGCGCGUGUGGGCCCGUCACGCUGUCGAGCGACGUCCGGAGGGCGAUUGGCACGCUUGAUGCGGAGGACAUGAAGUCGGUUGGUGGGGUGCAGUUCCAUGACGAGUGA